AAAGGGGGGGGCUAUGGGUAUAAACUCUCCGCACUGCUGAAUGCUUUCACAGUUUCCAGAAGUAGCCAAAGGCAGUACUCGUCACAUCUUGAAUAUGGCUGCCCUUGGACUUCGCAUAACUUUCAUAUUCGCUCUCUCAGCCUCCGUUGCAGUCAGUCUACCUGUUGAAUCCAGUGAAAUCAAGAAACUGACCGCAUAUGCUGGAGAAAACCUCACUCUGUCGACUGGAUCCGAUGAGCUGCAAGAUGACGAUUCUGUCCUGUGGUCCUGUGAUAAUGGCAAAAAAACCCUUGUCACCUGUGAUGCAAAGAAGUCCCCGACGUAUCACCAGGAAAACAUCAAACUGGACCCAACAACUGGCGCUCUGACCCUUGGGCCACUCAGUGUUGAUGACAGCAAUGUUUACGAGGGAGAGAUCUAUAUAAAUAACAUAAAGCACACAUUCAAGUAUGAGGUCACUGUUUCUGAGGCUGGAUCAUCCACUGGGACUUCUCCAAACACAGCCCACACUCUCACAUCUAACCUGGGAUGUGUCUUUGCUGCUGCCCUUGUUGGCCGACUGUCGGUGUGAGCAGACCGAGCUGAAAAAAAAAAAGAAUCCCGGAAACCCGUUCCCUGUCGUCCUGCCUGUGCCACAAUACAGCGUGUGAUCAUAUGGAAACCUUCUCAUCAGAAGUUUGUCUACUCAUCUCACCAAAGGGCUAAAAUAGAUUAACAUGUCCUCAUCUUUACAAGUCAACCCUGUUUGUCUUAAGCUAUGCUAGAACUUGUGUCUCACAAGCAAGGACCACACCAUCAACAGGAUGCAGUCUGACAAUGAUUUAUUUAUUUAUGAAUAUUUACUUAAAGCUGGGGUUGGUAGUCAGAUUUAGAUACACUU